GUAAUGAUGGAGUUCAACGCAUCUAAUGCCACCCUGUUCCCCUCCGUUGCAGAAGAGACUUUCCUCGACGCUCUAGACUGUUACCACUGGUACGUGAAAAGAAAUUUCACCUACCACGAGGCGAACGAUCGUUGUUUCGUGUACGGCAGUCCAUUCGGCGGUGCAACCGUUUACAGAGCGUGUAUGGGCAUCGUGGGGUCCUUCGUCCUCCUGUUUAACUCCGUCGUGCUGUGGGGAAUCCUAGGGACGAAACAGCUACGAAAGGCUCUGUUCUACUACAUAGCGAACCUAGCGUGUGCCGAUCUAGCGACGGGCGUCGCCUGCGUGUAUUUUGCAGCCAGGCCAGAAACGCCAAGUCUGUGGGAGCGGCUGGGUACAAGAACGCUCGCCGCCUACGCAACGCUCUUGUCCACGAGUGCGCUAACCCUACUGUCCGUAGACCGCUACAUCUCUGUCCUACAUCCCGUCGUGUAUCACAACAAGGUGACCGGACGGCAAGCCAGCGUGGUGAUCCUAGCGUCCUGGGUAGUCAUCACCUUGACCAGCUUUUCGUCCCAUAUGGGAUGGAACUGUUUGGAGGAGAAGUACGCCUUCAGCGGUAGGUGUUCCAGCUACCUGACAUUAGACUUCUACGUGUUCGUCAUCGUGAUGCUGCUGCUGCUUGUGUCCGUGAUGCUGUGGGCGAACAUCCGCGUCUACCGGGAAGUCAAGCGGCUGCAGAACAGGAAACCCGCCGGGCCACGAGGUACUGGGCGCCACGGAGAGGCAAGCAAAGGCCCGGUGGCCACGGGACCCACACCUGGACCAUCCAACCGGCCGGACAACGCUACACCGCUGGCAACGGGAUCGAGCGCGAGACCGGGACCAUCCAACCAGCCUGACAACCCAACACCGCUGGCCAUGGAAUCGAGACCUGGACCAUCCAACCGACUGGACAACCCAACACCACUGGCCACGGGACCGAAACCUGGGCCGUCCAAACCAACACCACUGGCCAUUGAAUCGAGACCUGGACCACCCAACCGACUGGACAACCCAACAACACUGGCCACGGGACAGAGCCCUGGACCAUCCAACCGGCCGGACAACCCAACAACACUGGCCACGGGACAGAGCCCUGGACCGUCCGACCGACCCGAAAACCCAACACAGCUGACCACAGGUCCGAGACCUGGACCAUCCAACCAGCCGGACAUCCCAACACCGCUGGCCACGGGACCAAAGCCUGGACCGUCCAACCUGCCCGACAUCCCAACACCGCUGACCAAGGAAUCGAGACCUGGACCAUCCAGUCGGCCGGACAACGUUAACCCAACACCGCUGUCCACACUACCCAGACCUGGACCAUCCAGCCGGCCGGACAACCCAACAGCGCUGGCAACGGGCCCGAGACCUGGACUAUCCAGCCGGCCGGACAACCCAACACCGCUGGCAAUGGGACCAAAACCUGGACCAUCCAACCGGCCGGACAAACCAACACCGCUGGCCACAGAAUCGAGACCGGACAACGCUACAUCGCUGGCCACAAGCCCGAGACCUGGACCGUCCAACCGGCCUGACAACCCAACACCGCUGGCCAAGGAAUCGAGACCUGGACCAUCCAACCGGCCGGACAUCCCAACACCGCUGGCUACAAGCCCGAGACCUGGACCAUCCAACCGGCCGGACAUCCCAACACCGCUGGCUACAAGCCCGAGACCUGGACAGUCCAACCGGCCGGACAAACCAACGCCGAAACCGCACAGCCAAGACAAAAUCAAGAAAGUCAAAGCCGUGAUGACUGUCGUGUUCGUGGCGUUUGUUUCUUGGCUGUUGUUCUUCGCGUUUCUCGCAGCUCACCGCAUCUGCGAGGCCUACCGUAGCAGCUGCCCCGUCCGCGGUUUCGGCCAGUGGGGGCUGCUUCUGGCGUUCCUGAACUCUCUAGUCAAUCCUUUAGUUCACGGUCUUCGCGUGCCCGCGCUGAGAGGAGCAGUGCUCGCAAAAUUCAACCGCAUCAGAGAGGCCGUCGUCACAGCGUGGAGACGGGGUCGGGUCGAGUCUGCAAAGCAACGCCGACGCCAACCACCUAAAAAAGACGACACGGUGCCGACUACAACCCAACGCACGCCUCAACAACAGGUGGCCAGCCAUGUCGAAGUUUCCCUGGACAUCUCCACGGAAAGCUGUGAAGAGCAACAGGGCGCCGUCGGUGGUCAGCGAACAAGCCGACUCACAGAAAGAACACUAGCUUGGAAAUGA